AUGCCGAACAUUGAGGAUAUGAUCAACUGGCCUAGAUACAACAUAGUUCUGAGUAUAUUGGAUGAACAGAAAGGAGAUAAUAGCUGCGGAUAUUAUGAUGUAGUAACUUCCCCAAUGAAAAACACUCUUUCAACGUUGUGGGUCACCUUGACCUGA